CUCCCGCCCGAGCGACCUCUCCCACCUCCCCGCUCCUCAUAGCUGAGGUACCGCCGGCCCUGGAUCGUGGUGGCGGGAUGAGGUCCCGGCGGAGCGGGCCGGCGGCGGCCUGCCCCUCUGUGUCCGUGGUGUUCCCGGGCGCGGUGAGCCGGGAGAGCUGCUGCCGCUUCGCCUGCGAGCUCCUCAAGCACGUCCUGCACCAGCGGCACCAGCUCCCCCUGCCCUACGAGCAGCUCGCCUACUUCUGCCGGCGGGCGGCGCAGGAUGGAGAUGUGAUUAAGAAGCCACCCUCCAUGGACCUGGCAAGCAAGAAGUGCCAGCAGGUGCUGAUGGAGCUGGAGGGAGUGCUCCAACACUUGGAAGUGAUGUUUAGUUUGACACUGGUUCCUCGGGUUCUUAUUCUACUUGGAGGCAAUGUCAUGAGCCCCAAGGAGCUCUAUGAGCUCAACUUGGAGGGUAUCUGUGAGGGCAGUGCCGAGGAGAGCCUGAAAACUGCAUCCUGUGUUCGCAAGCUCUUUCACUCACUCUUCGUUGCAGAUGUCUUCAGUGAACUUAAGGCUCUCCCUGUCAUGGGCACUGUUGUUAUGCUCCAAGGACACCGCGAUUGUGGUGUUGAUUGGUUCCGGCCCAAGCUCAACUAUAAAGUGCCGACCCGAGGGAGGAAACUAACUGUUAACUUGUCCUGUGAUGGAGACAUCAACAUAAGUGCCUCACCUCCUCAGCAUAUGACUUCUACUUGGGAGGACUACGUAUGGUUUCAAGCACCCGUGACGCUCAAAGGCUUUCAUGAAUGACCUGUGCUCUGUAGAACUUUAAUGGAAUAUUGAAUAACCUUUGGUGCUGCUUUAAGUGAUGAUAAUUUUAUCAAAUGUAACCGCAUAUUCUUGUCUGUCUGGAUCUCUUCUCCAGGGCAUCUACUACCUUCCUAUAGCUUGACUAUGUUCAUCUGUCUUCAUCUCCUGGAUUGUUGUUGGAAGCAAAUACCCUUUAAGGCACAGUUGCACACAGAUACAGUGAUUCUUUAGGGACCUGAGUUGUGGCACAGGAGAUGAAUUAGUGAGUUGGGAGUGAAACUUUCCUGCCACAUACUUACUGAACUGGCAAAUACUGGAUACAGUCUUCUCUGUCCUGAGUUUUAAUGCGGCCAUUUCUCUGGUAAUAAUGACUACAUUAUCUGAUUGUUUGGGACUCUAGAUAAUGUACGUGAUUAUUAAUACACUUGGCCUUUACUAUAAAGGCCAUAACCAUUCUUACCUACCCUAUUCCUGUAAAAUGAGACCUUUCCCUGCAGUCUGAUCAGGCUUGAGUACUCAAGUGUUUGCCCAUCUAUUUGAUAAAAUUAGACUUCCCCAUAACUCAAUUUCAGUUACUUAAGAAUCCAAAGAGUGGGACUUCUCAGGAAUUGGGAGGUCUUGUACCUAGCACGGUCUUGUACUGGUGAUGAAAAGAGGUUGAGCAGUCCUGUGGAGGCAGGGAAGGACAUCUUUCUACUUUUUUUACUAACUUUUAGUCCAACAGCCCUGACAAUCAGUUAGAUAUACAGUUAAAAUUAAAAGUAAGCAGUUUCUGCUCUAACCCUCUUCAGAGGAAGUUAGGACUCCUGCCCCAAUAUGCUAGCUUAUUCUCACUUAAAACAACAACAAAGUUAAUUUCUUGCUUACUUUUACCUCUUAGAAGUCUUAGACUCUAAACAUUUCUGAAAUGUGAAGAAGAGGUGAGGGGAGUGUGAUCAAGUUCAGCACUGUCUUUACCUGUCAAAUUCCUGUUCUAAGUUAGAAUGUAUUACUUGGAAACAGAACUUGAGCCCUUUCUUCUGGCCUGGUGUCUAGUGCAGAAUGGGACAGGGAGGGAGGGAGAGAAACCCUUAGAGCACAGUCUGUCAGAACUAGGUAUCUGCUGGAGUUGUCUUCAGUCAGCUGGGUACAUAUCUGUAAAGUAAUGAGCUUAAUAGCUCCAGAUAGCUCUAUCCCAUUUGACAAGAAGCUCGAGCCUACCGGUAGCGAGGUUGCUUGCAGUUUCUUACUAGCAAAAAUUGCACGAUGGGGUGGUAAAAAUCCUUUGAAAGGAGGGUAAAGGUUGAAGUAACCCUCUACACUUGGUGCAUAUUUUAACUUUGAUCUUUUGGAAUGGAAUUAUAGAACUAGGAGGAAAUUAAGUUGGUAUUUUUGAGCUUGGAGUACACUAGGAGUGCUGUCUCUGCCUUAUUAUCCAUUAACAACUGUUUACAAUGUGUAGUAACUGCUAAAGCUAGCUCAAGGGGAAAAACUGCUAGAAUGAAGAAAGCUGCCUUAUGUGUAGCUGCCCACUUGAAUAUGUAUUCGCAGGCCUCUUGAAUGAAAUAUAACUUGAAUGUAGGAAUGUUUGUGCUCAGGAGGUCAAAACCUUUUACACUUCCACCAAAGCUGCUUGUAAUGCAUAUUUAAGAAUGCUAGCACUCAAGUAUUUAAAGAAGCUUUUGAACAGAAGCCUUAGUUCUGAGGAACAAGGGGCCAGUUCUUUUCUACUCUCUUUCCCCAAAUGAGUGCAAUGUUACUGCAUUAAACUGUUUACAUAUUCAUUUAUACUUGAACUAUGAAUGCAGCAAUGAGAUGGUGCCGGGAAUGAAAGAAGACAAGAUGCUUUUUUUUUUUUUCUUAUGAAGAGCUUUAGAGCUUGAUUAACAAGUUUAGUGCUAUAAUCAUUAUCAAAAUAAAAUGCUGGCUUCUGUAUGUGA